GUUGCCUAGCAACGGACGGGGAUGCAUGCCUGCCCUGGGACCGGGUGGGCUCAUGGAGCUCUGGUCUCAGCCGCUGCGUGUCCACGAGCCUCCGCGAUCUAGGAAAACUUUGGGGUAUCUCAGAGUUGAGGUGUCCACCCCGGGGCAGCUGGAACCAGCGAUGCGCCCCAGGGGAUAAGGGGAAGACCAUGGGGUCUCACCCCCGUCCCCCAGGGACUGCGGGAUCCCAACCAGGAAAGUCGGUGCGCACCUGCGAGCUUCUGGAUGACAGCGCCUAGACCAAAUCGCUCCCCAAGUUUCUUCAGCAAGUCCUCACAUUCAGUGGAUGAGGCAGUUCAAACCCCGCGUGGAUCCAGACAGUGAUUUUGUGGAUGCCAAUCCCGCACCUUACAGCCUGGAGGAAUUAGCUCCUCCCCGCGUCUGCUACAGCCCCAGCAGCCCCGUGCAGAUUCUAGAAGAGCCUGCCUACUUCUACCCAGACUUGCAGCUCUAUUCAGGGAGGCAUGAGGCAUCUACUCUGACAGUGGAGGCAAGCGGAGGCCUGAGGGGGAAAAACGCGGAGGACCCUCUCUCCAACUUCCACUCCCCGAACUUCCUGAGGCCCCCCGAGGUGGAGAUGAGAGGUUCUGAGGAUGUGGCCGCUGGAACAGUGUUACAGCGGCUGAUCCAGGAGCAGCUGCGCUAUGGCACCCCGACUGAGAACAUGAACCUGCUGGCCAUUCAGCACCAGGCCACGGGGAGUGCAGGGCCAGCUCACGCCACCAACAACUUUUCUUCCACGGAAACCCUCCCUCAAGAAGACCCACAAAUGGUCUUCCAGUCAGCCCGCCAGGAGCCGCAGGGUCAAGAGCACCAGGGGGACAAUACGGUGAUGGAGAAGCAGGUCCGCUCCACUCAGCCUCAACAGAACGACGAGGAGUUGCCCACAUACGAGGAAGCCAAGGCCCAGUCUCAGUUCUUCAGGGGACAGCAGCAGCAGCAGCAGCAGCAACAGCAGCAACAGCAGCAGCAGCAGCAGCAAGCACAGGGGCCCCUUGGCCACACUUACUACAUGGCCGGAGGUACCAGUCAGAAGUCCCGCACAGAGGGGAGGCCCACAGUGAACCGGGCCAACAGUGGACAGGCACACAAGGAUGAGGCCCUGAAAGAACUCAAGCAGGGCCACGUCCGAUCCCUCAGCGAGAGGAUCAUGCAGCUGUCACUGGAGAGGAACGGAGCUAAGCAGCACCUCCCCAGCUCAGGCAAUGGAAAGGCCUUUAAAGCUGGAGGAGGGCCAUCCCCAGCCCAGCCCGCCUGUAAAGCACUGGACCCUCGUGGUCCUCCACCCGAAUACCCCUUCAAGACGAAGCCAAUGAUGCCCCCAGUCAGCAAAAACCAAGACCACGGACUGUACUACAGUGACCAGCACCCUGGAGUGCUCCACGAGAUGGUCAAACCCUACCCUGCACCUCAGCCCGCGAGAACAGAAGUGGCCGUCUUGAGGUAUCAGCCACCCCCAGAGUAUGGGGUCACCAGCCGGCCAUGCCAGCUUCCUUUUCCAUCCACGGUGCAGCAGCACAGCCCCAUGUCCUCUCAGACUUCCUCCGUCAGCGGACCACUGCACUCUGUCUCCCUGCCUCUUCCCCUUCCGAUGAGCCUGGCUGCUGCUCCACAGCCUCCCCCCGCCUCCCCCAGCCAGCCGCUUGGACCAGAUGCCUUUGCAAUCGUGGAGCGAGCCCAACAGAUGGUGGAGAUCCUCACGGAGGAGAACCGCGUGCUUCACCAGGAGCUUCAGGGCUGCUAUGACAACGCCGACAAGCUUCACAAGUUUGAAAAAGAGCUGCAGAGGAUCUCAGAAGCCUAUGAGAGCUUGGUCAAGUCCACCAGCAAGCGUGAGUCUCUCGACAAGGCAAUGAGAAACAAGCUGGAAGGCGAGAUCCGGAGACUUCAUGACUUCAACAGAGAUCUCCGAGAUCGACUGGAGACAGCCAACAGGCAGCUGUCCAGCAGGGACUAUGACGGGCACGAAGACAAAGCCGCAGAGGGCCAGUACAUGUCCCAGAACAAAGAAUUCUUGAAGGAAAAGGAAAAGUUGGAAAUGGAGUUGGCAGCAGUGCGGAAUGCAAGCGAGGACCAUCGGAGGCAUAUUGAGAUCCUGGACCAGGCUUUGAGCAAUGCCCAGGCCAGAGUCAUCAAGCUGGAGGAAGAGCUACGAGAGAAGCAAGCCUAUGUGGAGAAGGUUGAGAAGCUGCAGCAGGCCCUGACCCAGCUGCAGUCUGCAUGCGAGAAGCGGGAGCAGAUGGAACGCAGGCUGCGGACCUGGCUGGAAAGGGAGUUGGAUGCUCUGCGGACCCAGCAGAAACAUGGAAAUGGCCAGCCAGCCAGUCUCCCAGAAUAUAAUGCCCCUGCCCUCAUGGAACUUGUACGGGAGAAGGAGGAGCGGAUUCUAGCCCUGGAGGCCGAUAUGACCAAAUGGGAGCAGAAAUACCUGGAAGAAAGCACCAUACGGCACUUUGCCAUGAGUGCUGCUGCCGCUGCCACAGCUGAGAGGGACACCACCAUCAUCAACCACUCGAGGAACGGCUCCUAUGGUGAGAGCUCGCUGGAGGCCCACAUCUGGCCAGAGGACGAGGAGGUGGUGCAGGCCAACAGGAGGUGUCAGGACAUGGAGUACACAAUAAAAAACCUCCAUGCUAAAAUCAUAGAGAAGGAUGCCAUGAUAAAGGUCCUUCAGCAACGAUCCCGUAAGGAUGCUGGGAAGACAGACUCUUCCAGCCUGCGGCCUGCCCGCUCUGUCCCAUCCAUUGCUGCAGCCACUGGGACACAUUCCCGCCAGACUUCACUCACCAGCAGCCAGCUGGUGGAAGAGAAGAAGGAAGAGAAGACCUGGAAAGGGAGUAUAGGAUUCCUGCUGGGGAAGGAGCACCAGGGACAGGCGUCUGCCCCCCUGCUGCCCACCACACCCGCCUCUGCACUGUCCCCGCCGGCUUCCACCGCGUCGGCCAGCAGCACCCACGCCAAGACAGGCAGCAAGGACAGUAGCACGCAGACCGAUAAGAGCACUGAUCUCUUCUGGCCCAGCACGGCUUCUCUCCCCAGCCGUGGCCGACUGAGCACUGCCCCUUCCAACAGCCCCAUACUGAAGCAUCCAGCUGCCAAAGGAACCAUGGAGAAACUGGAGAGCUCUCCUGGUCACGGGAAGUCGACAGACCACAGAGGCCGUGUUAGCAGCUUGUUGCACAAGCCUGAAUUCCCGGAUGGGGAGAUGAUGGAAGUGCUCAUCUAGCCUCGUCCUGUGGAGUUUCACACCAGCGUGCUGUCAGGAAAGAUGGCUGGAAGACGAGAAGAGCUAGAUGGAAAACCAGGACAGGUGUGAACACUUCAUAAUGUUACAAACCGCCGGCUCGCAGGACUGCAGAGAGGGGGAAGGAAGAUGCGUGCAGACUUGGAAGCAGAAUUGAGAAGAAAUAGGAGUGGGAUUUUCCAUUGUAGAGAAGUUGUAUGUCUUGGGGAGGCUCCAUACGUUCCCCCAUUCUUGGCUUAUAAACAGAUGAAGAAGAGUUGGGCCUUCCUUGGAAUUCCCUUUGCCUCUUAGCAGGUUUGUUCCAAGAAGAAUCUGCUAGAAAUCCUGAACACCUAUCUUGGCAUAAUGUGGUGUUUCUGUGCCAUCAUGGGUCUCACACACAUGUGUGCAUAUGUGUGCGUGUGUGUAUGUAUUGUGUGUGUGUGUGUGUGUGCCUGCCCUUUGAAGAUGCAUCCAGGGUAAUGGGGAAUUCCACAGGCAAGUUUUGUCACCUACUUGGCUGUUUGGUUUGUGAUCUCAGUGUGAAGUUUUGCUUGUCUGGAUUGAGUGGUAUUUCUGACAGGAUGGGAGUGUGGUGACCGUGGUCCUCACCUACCCUAACUUCUAGGAACUUGUUUGUCUCUGCUCUACUUCCUUACUUUCUUUUGUUGUAUUUUUUUCUGUUUACUGAGACAUAGCAGAUUUCCUCACAUGUGGGACUUAGGAGACUGUCGUCUUUGCUGUGGUGUCCACCUCAUGCUGGCACCCUGGUUGCUCCACCCUCCUCUUUGCUUAGCUAAAGUGCGGCUGUUAAUCUCACUGUGAGCCAGGGAGGCCUGGAUGAGGUGGAGCAGGAAUCCAUGAGCCAUUGACAUCACAUCAUGCCUCUGCUUGGAUUUUUCACUCCCAUCCCUUCUCUUGAAAGAAGCUUGACAGUUCCACCCCACGGCCCCUUUGGGAAGACUUCAGUAUGAACCGGUGCUGCGGGUACCCAAUGGUGGCUUACACAAAGUUUUUCAGGCAGCUCCCAAGAUCUCACCAGGCCACCUGGGCCACUUUCUCAUAUUUGAGGCUUUCAGGUCUGUUCAUUGCUCUCCCUUGGUUGCUGUUGGUAAGCAAACAGCUUCCUGAUCAUUUUUCUUUCCUGUGAACUUGCUGUGUAACCCAAGAUUAGUUGAUGCGCAGUGUGGCCAGUGUCUUACAAGGGACACAGCUUACCUAGGUGAGGCAGCAGAGUCAUGGAAAUGAGCCACCGUGAGUGAGGGCCAGGCCCCUGAGGAUGCUACCACUGUCAGGUCUCAUGUGCAUUGCUGUGGACACUGGCUGCCUGCAGAGCACAGGAGAAGCUGUCCGGGGCACAGAUGGCCCUUCAGGCUCCCGGACUAUCCCCAAGCUCAGGAGGAUUUGUUUUCCAAGUCCAUUUCCUCAUCACUACUUCUCCCUCAAGGGAAGAAAGAAAAGCGGUAUGUCUGUGAUUCUUCACCGCAGCACUGAAGGACUGUGUGCAUGGGGAGCUCUGCUCGGGCCAUUUGUUCCAGGACUUGUCCCCAGGGCAAAACCUGGGUGAAAUGAUGACCUCCCAGGCUCAUGGAUUGUGAGAGGUGUAGCCUGGAGAACAGCUCAGAACAGAAGAGGAGAGCAGAGGAGAUGCCUGUGGUCUUGUCCAAUACCUGAGCCAUCUGAUAGGACAAAGGUGGGGCUGAGCUCUCCACGCUCCGCUGGGCAGUGGGCACCAGGCUUAGAGCUGCCACCCUCUCCUUUCCUCUGCGGUCUCACAUCUCUGGCAGCCUGGGUGCUGAGCUUGCCCUGUGUGCUAUGGGGAGGGGCGAGAGACAGUGUAGGGGAGUUUGUCAGCUGAGAGGGACCAGAGGAUGGAUGCCCGUGGGAGUAGGGACCGUUUUAGAUAGGGCAUGGAGUUGAUGGCAACUAACUCUCUUAAGAGCAUAUUGUCUCCAAUCAAUGCUGGAGACAAAGCGGAAAGGAAAGUUAGGGAGGUCUUCAGCCCUGUACUAUGUCUAAACCCCCUAAAAUUAGGCUGUCUCCCAGCAUAGGGGUGAAGCACGGCCCAGUUUACUCAAAGUCUAGUCUGAGUGUUCCAGGCAUACUGCACACUUGGAUGGAUGAUCUCUGUUCCAGCCAACUGUCAACAUUUCAGUUGUCAAAACACAAAAGGGACACGGGCAGUUUGGGGCUUCAAUUCCAUGAGUACUGUGGCUUUUUCCAAGACUCCAUGUUGAGAGAGAGGCUAUGGCUUUAAGGCCGAGGCCUUCAGUCUUCCAUUGCGUAAUUCUUUGAAACCUACAGGACAGAGGAGCUAUAGUACAGCCAUUGCAAGCUCUGAGGUGUUCAUAGGAGCUGAUCUCACUUGACCCUGAGAACAGUGUUCAAGGACCAGAAACAGUGCCUGUAACUGGUCCCUAAGCAUCAGGGGCACAAGACCAGGUUGACGCUCCUGGUUGCACACACAGACACAGAAACUGGACCCAAGAGGCUUACAGCUCAUCUCCAACCUUUCAAGCAGAUGCGAGGCUUUAGAGACGUAGGAGUCUCAACCACAGGCUGCGCAGUCUUGAGCAUGAUAUGCGGAGCUGUGCCUCAUGCUUUGUGGCCCCAUGUGUGAUACUUGUGUGCACACAGGGACACUGCCACACCUCUUGGGGCCUGAGAACAGGACUAAGCCCAAACCACCUGUUGCUAUCAAGCCCAGCAUUCUCAGAUGCGGACAGAAGUCUUCACGUUCUGUCAAAAGCACACCCUUCACAGAGCAGCGGUCUAGCUUCAGGUCUCCCAAGGGCGUCUGGCCGUAGAACCUGAGACUUGACAGCAUCCUGCUUUGUCCUGGAGAGGGCAGUGCGGUGACGUCUGCGUGUCUCCAGGUAUCGUGUGGGAAGUGAGGGAUAUUGGUCAGGUCUCUGCCACUGUGGUUUCAUUAAGUAGAUGAUUCUGUAUGUAAGAACUCUUCCUGUCUGGAGGUCCAUAGCACUAAGCUGCCAGGAAAAACACAGUAAUUUCCAAAGAAUUAAGAGUGAGCUGAACACUUGGCAUUGUUCUCUGUUUCCCAGAAGGUGGUGCCGUCGGCUGUAGUGUCCGGCAUGUCUCCACUGUGCCUCCAGGGUGGGGCUGCCUAGUCUGCCCCAGCUUUCCUUAGGAGUGGGGAAGGGAUUGGUAGGAUCAGUCCUGCAGAGGCCUCUUUCUUUGGAGCCCAUGUAGCCUGACCUUUUGUUUUGAGUAGAUUUCAAGAAAGUUGCUCCAAGUGAGUUCUGGCCUCAGAACAGAGAAUCCAGUGUUCUACCCUCAGGAAAGAAGCUCCGGUGCCCCCUGAAGAGAGGCAAGUGUCCUAUUUGCUGUCCCCUGCUUGGCCUUAGCCACCUGCACAUACUGAAUGUGGCUGAAGCUCCUCCUUCCAAGAGCUGAUGAGCUGAAUCCUCCCCUCUCUGCAACCUGUCAAGUCCCAGAGACUUGUGUGAAUGGUCAGAUGAGGCUGAAGUCCCGGAGACAGUGAAGAUGACAGUGACAACAAGGGACAUCCAGGCAGGUCUCUCCUGUGUGGGCUGCAGAGAGCUGUGCUGAGUGGGAGGGCUCGCUUUCCAAGCGUGAGGCCUCGUCUGCGCGAGUGGGUGCAGUCUUUCCCUGUGUUCUCCGGGUGGUCACACAUCCCUAUGAGGCAAAGGAGUCGCGUGGCCAUUGGAAGCAAGGUCUGACAAUGUUCUUAAAUGGUGAAGCCAGAGAAAUCCAGUAACUUCCCUGACAGCUGAGGCAGCCAGUCUCUUAAGUAUACACGUCGGCUUUCAUCCACUCUUUUCUAAUAGUUAAUGUGUUCUAGAUGUCUUUGGUUAAUGUGAGGAUUGUUUAAGGCAUUUGCUCAUGGGGUGGACCCAUGGGAAACAGGCUUCAGACAAACUUCCGAAGCCAGACAACCAGCAGUGUUUUCUCCUCUUCUCAGUAGUGUGGCCCUUUCUUGUUUAGUGACUUAAUGAUAUAUUACAAUAUGUAUAUGUAUAUGUAAGGGCAUACAUAUAAGGUGGAAUUCUUUUCCUAAUAUCCAGAAAGCCCUACUGUUUCCCAUGAGCUUUCUUCUUGGGAGGGCUGCAGGGCUCCCCAGGUCAAAUGCUGUUGAUUGUUCUAGUGGCAUGGCCUCCAGGGCCUGGCACAUUCCUCCGAUUCCCCGUGAGGUGAGAGGUCCUUGUCUUUUGAGAAUGGAUUUAAGUUUUGGAAAUAAUCCCAAGUCGUCCACAGGACAAGUAAAAGAACACAGAGGGCAAUUAAUCAGAAUAAGAGUUCCAGGGUCAGCGAGAGGACUCGAUAGAAAAGGGAUUGCCACCAAAGCCAAGGUUCCCCAGGACUCACAUGGCAGGAGGAGGGAACCAGCACACACACACACACACACACACACACACACACACACACACACACAGACUAUCAAGACAUGUAGAAGAGUCAUUUGUACACAUGACCCCUAGGGCCUUGUUUUCAAGCCCUUUUCUCUUGCCAGGCCUUAUGCGCUUCCAGCCCACUGCGAAUGCCACAGCCCUAAGUACAUAUUCAUUAGUGUGAACACCCAGUAGGGGUUCUGUAAAAUGGAGAUCUAAGUGCAUGUUAUUGUGUGUGCUGUGACUGAGGUGUGCGCUUUGCCCUCCCUCCGAGGCAGUGCAUAGCCAACAGCUUCUAGACUCAGCCACUCCAGUUCUGCUGCCUGUGUUGUGUUUACUCGUGACUCUGCCUGUUCUCACGCACACACCUGUGAGUAUUUAUUACCAAGCAGACGGGACAGACUUAUCCACAAUACUUAUAUUUGAAUGUUUUCUAGGAGGGCCAGUGGUGCCUCCUCCUCACUGAGGCACUGACAGAAUCGGUGUCAAACUCUGUGAAACAGGGCCAGCACAGGCACCAGCUCCAGCCUGACCGAGGGCCCUGAGGCCACUGUCCUUCCUGCUUGCCUUGUGUGUGUGUGGCUGUGAUUGUGUGUGUGUGUCCCUCCCCUGUUCUGGGGCAUGUGCCGCACUGCCCAGCAGGCCCUGGUGUUCACGUUUAUCUUUGGCAUCUUUGUGUCACUGGAUUAUAUUGAGAGGCGGUGUCCAGAUCCGUCCAGAUGUGUCCAUGUGCAGAGUGGGGAGUACCCGCUCAGCUGUGGUUGUGGAUACUGUUGGUCAGCCAAAGAUUCUCCUGUUCUUUGCUGCUUAAACUUCGUGCCUUAAUAUUGUAAAUAAUAAAUGGGUGGACAGAA